AUGCGCUCCUCAAUCGACAACCACCAGAUCUCGAAAACAACAUUUCUUCUCUUCGUGCUGUUCCUUGUCUGUCUUGUCCCUGGCUGGUUUCACUACCUCUGGACUUUCCCGUUCACGUUCCUCGGCAUCCUGUCGCCAGACUCGCGUAUUCCCAGCGCAGCACGUCAUACCCCGCCAUCCACGCCCACCAUGGCCACCGCUUGGGCGCAGAAGCAGUUCUCCCUCCCCGCCAAGUCGCGCGGGUCCUAUCUCAUCACGGACGACGUCCUCAAGGCGGUGCCCGAGAUCAAAGACUUCAAGGUCGGCAUCCUGCACCUGUUCGUGCAACACACAAGCUGCGCCCUCAGCCUUAAUGAGAACUGGGACAGCGACGUCCGGGCCGACAUGAGCGAUGCGCUGGACCGCAUCGCGCCCGAGGCGGGGCCCAAGGGCGAGGCGCUGUAUCGCCACGACGACGAGGGCCCGGACGACAUGCCGGCCCACAUCAAGAGUGCGCUGAUCGGUGCGAGCGUGACCAUCCCCAUCAAGGACGGCAAGCUUGCAACCGGCACAUGGCAGGGCAUCUGGUAUCUCGAGUUCCGCGCCUCGAAGCACCAGCGGAGGCUCAUGGCGACAAUCCAGGGCCAGAAGGCGUAA